GCGGUGGCUCUGGGGUUGCAGUCACACUGGCAGAUAUGGCAUCCCUAACCCUGCCGUUCGGGUUGCUUCUGCCUCACGUUUUUAAUACACAGUUUUUAACUUAAUGCUGAGGGUGUAACAUUCGAUUAAUAUAUCUUGCGGGGCGAUUUUUUUUAAAAGUUCAGGGUAUUCAUAUGGAAAGGUGUUGUGAGGGUAACUUGGCAUCAGAUACAGAUUUUUGGUAACGACUUGAAACUGCUGAAAAACACCUAAAGCGUGUUUUGCGUUAUAUAGUAUAAUUUAGUAUAAUUCUUGGUUAUUGGAAAAGUCACUUUCUUGCUUACGGGAUGUCCUCUCCGGCGUCAGAGGAGGCAGGCUUUUGGGACGCCAGGGACUCUCCGGGCGGGACGCGGCAGGCGCUGCAGAUGUUAGAUGCCGGAUAUUUUAACCCAGAAGCACCGGUGACCUACAACAACAGCGCGUCCGCCUCUGCGGAGGUCCCGGACACCGGGCGUGUGGCUGAUGCCCCGGUAAGGACCCGUGUCAGCUGCCCGGUACUCCAGCCGCCAGAGGCCGUCUUCCACUCGCCGAUGUCCGUGCACGGCGGCACUCGGACCCUCCUCCAGGGACGGGUGUACAACUUUCUGGAGAGACCCUCUGGAUGGAAGUGCUUCGUCUAUCACUUCGCAGUGUUCCUCAUCGUGCUGACCUGCCUGAUUCUCAGCGUGCUGUCCACCAUUGACCAGUACCAGACGCUGGCCCACAGCACACUCUUCUGGGUGGAGAUGGCGUUGGUGGUGUUCUUUGGGGUGGAGUACGUAGUGAGGCUCUGGUCAGCCGGCUGCCGCAGCAAAUAUGUCGGCGUCUGGGGGCGACUUCGCUUUGCCAGGAAGCCCAUCUCCAUCAUUGAUUUGAUUGUAGUCAUAGCUUCCAUCAUGGUGCUGGCAAUGGGGUCCAACGGGCAGGUGUUUGCUACGUCGGCUAUCAGAGGGAUUCGCUUCCUGCAGAUCCUGCGCAUGCUGCACGUGGACCGGCAGGGCGGCACCUGGCGGCUGCUGGGCUCUGUCCUUUUUAUCCAUCGCCAGGAGCUGAUCACCACUCUCUACAUUGGCUUCCUGGGCCUCAUCUUCUCCUCCUACUUUGUGUAUUUGGCGGAGAAGGACGAGGUGGACAGCAGCGGGAACUCAGAGUUUGGCAGCUACGCCGACGCACUGUGGUGGGGUGUGGUGACUGUCACCACCAUAGGCUAUGGAGAUAAGGUGCCACAGACCUGGAUUGGCAAGACCAUUGCAUCCUGUUUCUCAGUUUUUGCCAUCUCCUUCUUCGCCCUGCCUUCUGGAAUCUUGGGUUCUGGCUUUGCUCUGAAGGUCCAGCAGAAACAGAGACAGAAGCACUUCAACAGACAGAUCCCGGCAGCUGCCUGUCUCAUACAGACUUCGUGGAGAUGUUUUGCCUUGCAGAACUCUAACUCGGCAACCUACAAGAUUUUUGUGGGCAAGAGGUUACCAAGCAACACAUACAUACAGUCCAGCGCCAAGUCCAAGAUGAUGUUAAAGAUGGGGAGGAAACCCAAGACUGAGAAGGACAAUGGGUCUAACUCCCUCAAUGUUCCCAAUAUCACGUUUGAGCCGGUGUCUGAAGACUGCGGGCAGUGUUCCUCUGACACCCAUUCUGCUGAAUCCCAAGGCCUGAGAUUACGUGGCCGCCAGCAGUCCUGGACGUCAGUCUCCUCUUUCUGUGUCCCACAAGAAACAGUGAGGAAGACUGCUCCUCCGCCUCUGUGGCAUGACAGCAGUGUUGACGAUGAGCUGGAUCUGGACUCCGAGCGAGACAGUCGGGUUACCCCCAUCAUGCACACUUCGCAGUUGAGGGACUCUCAUCGAACUGCCAUCUGUAUAAUCCAGAAGAUGAAAUUCUUUUUGGCCAAGAAGAGAUUUCAGCAAGCGCGUAAGCCUUACGACGUGCGGGACGUGAUAGAGCAGUACUCACAGGGACAUCUAAACCUCAUGGUGCGCAUCAAGGAGCUCCAGAGAAGGCUUGACCAUUCCUUGGGGAAGCUGAGCUUAUUUCAGAGCAGCUCAGAGAGGACAAGAGACAGAGUGAGUAACACCAUUGGCUCCAGGCUGAACAGGAUGGAGGAAAAGAUCACACGCAUGGACCUGACACUCAACAGCAUUGCAGAAGCUCUCAGCCGCCUGCUUCCUGGGUCUAUUGCAGCAGGACCUGAAGGGCCCCCCAGUGGCCAGGCUGGGGGCCCCACUGUGCUCUGGCCCCCCACAGAGUUGCCCAGCCGCCGCCUGUCCAGGUUCCAAAAGCAGAGCGCCAGCUUGUCCCUGGACGAGGGCCCAUGAUGGGAUGCGGGAUUACAGGGUGCGUCCAUCUCCGCUGACGCUGAGCAGGAGCAGUCAGCACGGUGCCUGAGGACCCAGAACUGUAGCCAGCAGGCUGCAGCUUUACGUAGCAGGAGCGGCUCUAGCAUUGUGACCCCAGGAAUGGAAUUUAGCUAAAGUAGUUUCAGUGGAAUAAGCAGCUUCACGGUAUGUGGCUACAGCACAGGUCAGUCCUGUGAGCUUCGGCUUUUCUUUAUUUUCAACAACAGCAUCAUCCACUUUCUACAAAUCACACAAUGUAUGUAAUGCAUGCUGAGAAAAAUUUCAGAUCACAAGAACUACCUACCAAGUUUACCCCACGUUCAUGCUGUCUUAUUACUAUAUCACUGAAAUAAUAAUUCAUGUCCACAAAAAUAGCAAUUUGCUGCCAGUUUCUCCUGAUCUAAAACAAUGUACUUUCUAACAGCCUCUGUGUAGUGCAGAGUCACGCAGAAACGUCAUGUUGUCAUUUUGCUGCCUUUCACUGGAGUCCAGCUAUGCAUUCUGUAGCUCCUGGCAGAAGCGCUUUGCUCUAUGACAUUAACCUGCCUUCAGGAGGUAAACAGCAGAACUUUUUGAUAUUUGAAUCUGAGGAACAGUACAGGUAAAGAUUCAAGCAUAUUAGGUAAGGAGCAUGCAAUGAUUACAGCGCGUAAGGAGCGUGCACCGAUUAGAGCGCGUAAGAAGCACGCACCGAUUACAGCGCGUAUGAAGCACGCACCGAUUACAGCGCGUAAGGAGCGCGCACUGAUUACAGCGCGCACCGAUUACAGCGCGUAAGGAGCGCACACCGAUUACAGCGCGUAAGGAGCGCGCACCGAUUACAGCGCGUUGCCCCACCCCCCGCAUGACAAACCACCUCAGGGAUGAGAACCUGAGCCAUGUGGCAGGUGAUACUUCAGCACCACACUAGUUCAGAUGGACCAGUGUGAGUUUUUUUUCCAGUAGCUGGAGAGUCAAUCCUGCCACCAACCCCCAAGUUCUUCCCUGUAAGUUGGAGGACCUCCUUAUAGGGCUGGAUGUAGAUUAACAUCAUACCCAGGAAUGAGCAAUUGCAGGUUAAAAGCCUUGCUCAUGGGCCCAAAGGAGUAGGAUCACUAAGGGCAUUCCUGGGAUUUGAACCAGCAACCUUCCAAUUGCUGGCACAGAUCCCCAAUCUCAGAGCCACAACCACACCACAUAAUUUUUGAUUCUGUGUCCUUCCAGUUCAAUAUGCUACAAUCUUACAUGAUUUUAUAUUGUAACGUAGUGCAUAUAGGACGUACUGUGUAUAUAAUAUGUAUGUGUGUUCUUUCAAGAUCUUUUAAUUGAGUGACCUGAAUCAUAAUUGUAUGAAACUGAAAAUGGUCUUUUAUGGGGUUGAACAUGAUUCAAAAGUGAUUGCAUUAUUUUUACCAUUUAAUGAAGGUCUCUAUUUACUUAGUUCUCAGGGUGUCUGUAAUCAUCACAUGGAAGUCAGUUUUUUGAUAUAAUAAAAUGUUUAUGGAGCUUG